AUGAGCUCCAAGAUACACGUCCUACGCCUCUACAGGCGGUCCCUCAAGCUCGCCCUCGACUGGAGCGUCCACCGGUACCUCUGGCGCGGACAGGCCCUGUACAUCCGCGAACUGUUCGAGGCCAAGCGAAAUGUCACUGAGCCGCGACAGAUGAGGGAACUGAUCAAGGAGACGGAGAAUCUGCUCGACAAGUGGAAGCACCCAGACCCUUACCGCCCACCUACCGCUCCUGGAGGUUCGUUGCUCAUGCCCGGAUACAUUUCCGCAUCGGCCGCGGAUAUGACUGUACUGACGGGUGUUGUAGGAUCAAAGUACGAGCGCAACCUGCCGUGCCCAAUCAUCGAUCCUCCACCGAAAAUGAUCUUGUAA